UGCAAUCUAAAUCGCACUGGCUGAGUGUCAACAAUCAUGCGGUCUAAAUAGUUAUCUCUACAUUUUAAAUUAAGGAAAAAAACAACUAGGUUUUUUAACUCAUAAAAGAAAAAAUAAAAUUGGAAAAUGACGGACACAAAUACUGCAAAGAAAUUUGUUUUGGACGAAAUUAUAAACAGAGGAAAAUUGGGAGACAAGAAAUUUCAUUCGGAAACAUCGUUGCAACAAUUUGGUGAAGAGCAGAGUCCAGACAUUAUAGAAACACCGACAGAUGAUGAUCCAGGGGUACAUAAUGAAUCUGUCGGCAACGGCUCCAGCUCGGAGGACCAGCUGGGUCGCAGGCGUACCAUGUCGCAGCCAGGACCCAUGUCGGGAAACCUGCUGACCGCCACAGCAGCGAGGGCAGCUCGCCGGAGACCGCAGAGGAAUGUUAUGUACCACCCAGAUAUCGAGAGAAGCGAUUCAGCAAGCGAAAGGCAGUCGCCCAGGAUAUUAAUGGCCGGUAGAGAGGAAACUGGAUCUUUAACACCUAUUGGUGAUCGUGCCAGUCCACUGUCAUACAAUGGGAACUUAAGAAAUGGAGACGCAAAAUCAUUAAAUAGCUACCGGCUGUACAUGCCGCAGAAUGAGACACGAGGCAGUGCGACACCUCGUAAGAGGUCCGUCGCGACGAUGGACGCGCAGUCCAUACGCUCGGUGGAAACUCAUGCGCCACCACCCACCGACCCUGAGGAGAACAAGAAACAGACCAAGAGGUACGUGACGCUAGUAAUGAGUUGCAUGUACGCAAUUUUAAUUAUCACUCUGGGAUUAAUUAUCUACUUGGGAGACAGUUUCGUCGAUCUACAGAUUUCUGAGGUUUAUUCAAUUGUUCUUUGCGGAAUUGGAAUGAUUUACGUUUUAUUCUUAAUAAUCGAUAUAAAUAGAUAUAAAUCCAUAGCAGUUAAGAACCAUAAAAUCAAAGCUCAACAUGAAGAGAAAGUUUUGGAUUACUUUAGGAAACAAGAGGAACAACUUGGAUCUGUAACGCCAGGAGACCGCACCCCUGACUCGUACAGGCCCCCGGGAAUGCCUCCUCCGGUGCUGAUCCCCAACAAACACGAGUACUGCUUCAGCCAGGGCAGGCAUUCUGGGAGCUUCUACCUUAAGAUGGGAGCUGCAGGUUUCGCUCUAGGACACUUGGUCCACUCUCUACUUCUGCUGGCCGUGCAGGUCGGUCAGCUGAUGGAUAACAACAUUGAUAACGACGAGUGUGUGAAGAUCUUACAAGUUGUUCUCGAUGUCAUGCUGCCAGCUUACUGCUUCCUUCAGCUAUACUUCAUCUUCAAAUAUUCUAAUGUCAUCAUAUUAAAAGCGCAGAGUCUGGCUCACUUCGCGUUUAUGCACCUUAUUGGCAGCAGUCUGUGCUUCUGGAUAUCUGCUAUCGUUCGUGAGACUCUCCUUAGUUUGACGCUCUACGCUAGCUCGAGAGACAGUUCUGCGGGAUACUCAGACUUCAGUGACAACCACUCUAUCAAUGAACAUGCACUGUCGAUAGAUGAAAGAUUCAUAAACGUUAGCAAUCUAUACAACCCGAACUGCAACAGUACGGCGGCAAUUAGUUCGAUAUAUGAGAAUUUUUCGCCGUACCUCUACCCGUUCAACGUGGAAUUCAAUAUUCUCAUUGUCGCGAUAUAUUACAUCAUUUGGAGUAACAUUGGCAAUUGUGACAAUGAAGACAACGGCUCAGACAUCAACUCUACGAGUGAUGACAACUACCACCUUUGCAAAAUACCGACUGCAAACGAAGACAAUGACUUUACCAGUAACAUCGUGAUCUACGCUGACUGCCACGCCUCCAACCGUGGUCUGUUCCUUGGUCUCAUCGUCAUGGUCAUCAUCACCGGGAUGCUCAUUAUUGGCUUCGUUUUCAGCAGUGUUGGAGACGAUUUCGUUGAAGUUGGUUACCUUCUGAACUCGGUCACAAGACUUGGUCUUCACACUCUCCUACUGUUAGCUGCUCUGAUCGCUUGGAACCAGAUGCGUCAGCUAGACAUUAACGAACAUCCGAUAUCUCUCCUUGAUGACGUAUUGCUGUUCAUCUGUUUGCCUGCCUUCUUCAUGGAGACGGCCUUCUCUUUGGUUGCUACCAUCACCUUUGAAAACAUUGUGAAGAGCAUCGACUUUGUCGUCAUGGUCAUACAAGUACUGAUCCAGACCCCGCUGAUCAUGGACGGUCUCCGCCGCUGCAGCAACUCCAAGAAGCUCAGGCGGAAAAAACCAGGUCGUGAGGUGCUCAUGUUCCUCCUCACUGCUAACGUGGCCAUGUGGAUCUUCAACACGUUCUCGUACAAGUCCCCUGACAGCCUCGACGAGAGAUACGAGUACUACGGCAAAGUCAUCUGGUCAAUACUAGGCCAUAUCAGCUUGCCUUUGAUCAUGUUCUACAGGUUCCAUUCAAGCGUUUGUUUUGCAGAUAUCUGGGACUCCGCUUAUAAACCUGGCUCAGAGCAUUAGUUCUUUCGACGGCAUUCAUCAUUUUAGCUAAUUUCGUGAUGACUCUCAUCUCAUUUAUAAUUCAACACGUUUUUGUAAAUAGCCUUAGAUUUAAUCCACAUCACACGUAGCCCAUAUUAGUUUAAGUAGUCUAUUGU